GGGGGCGGCCGCGGCUUGGGCCGGGAGCGGGAGCGGGAGCGGGCGCGAGCCCCCGAGCCUCCGGAGCGCACCAUGGAGACAGUGGGGCCCGGCCGCAGCAGCUUCCAGCCGCACCCGGGGCUGCAGAAGACCCUGGAGCAGUUCCACCUGAGCUCCAUGAGCUCCCUGGGCGGUCCGGCCGCCUUCUCGGCGCGCUGGGCGCAGGAGAUGUACAAGAAGGAGAGCGCUAAGGAGCCCGGCGCCGCGGCCCCGGGCGCCGAGCAGCAGCAGCCCCCGCAGCCGCCGCAGCCCCCGCAGCCGCUGCAGCCGCAGCAGCAGCAGCAGCAGCCCCCGCCGCCGCCCCCCGUGCUGCACCUGCCCCCCAUCCAGCCGCCGCCGCCCGUCAUGCCGGGCCCCUUCUUCAUGCCCUCGGACCGCUCCACCGAGCGCUGCGAGACCAUCCUGGAGGGCGAGACCAUCUCGUGCUUCGUGGUGGGCGGCGAGAAGCGCCUGUGCCUGCCGCAGAUCCUCAACUCGGUGCUGCGGGACUUCACGCUGCAGCAGAUCAACUCGGUGUGCGACGAGCUGCACAUCUACUGCUCGCGCUGCACAGCCGAUCAGCUGGAGAUCCUCAAAGUCAUGGGCAUCCUGCCCUUCUCGGCGCCCUCGUGCGGGCUCAUCACCAAGACGGACGCCGAGCGCCUCUGCAACGCCCUGCUCUACGGCGGCGCCUACCCGCCGCACUGCAAGAAGGAGUUCGCCAGCGCGCUGGAGCUGGAGCUCACCGAGAAAAGCUUCCGAGUGUACCACGAGUGCUUCGGCAAGUGCAAGGGGCUGCUGGUGCCCGAGCUCUACGUGAACCCCAGCGCCGCCUGCAUCCAGUGCCUGGACUGCCGUCUCAUGUACCCCCCGCACAAGUUCGUGGUGCACUCGCACAAGGCCCUGGAGAACAGGACUUGCCACUGGGGCUUCGACUCGGCCAACUGGAGGGCCUACAUCCUCCUGAGCCAGGAUUACACUGGGAAGGAGGAGAAAGCCAGGCUGGGCCAGUGCCUGGACGACGUCAAGGAGAAGUUCGACUAUGGCAACAAAUACAAGAGGAAAGCACCCAGGGUCCCCUCUGAAGCCCCUACAGCCAUCAAGCCCAAAACAGAUGAUUCCUCUGCCCAGUCUCCUUCGGAGAAGGACAAGCAGCCCAGCUGGCUCCGCUUGGCAAGUUCCAAUAAGAGCAUCGGCUGCGUGCAUCCCCGUCAGCGCUUGUCUGCUUUCCGACCUUGGUCCCCUGCUGUUUCUUCAAAUGAGAAAGAGCUUUCCACACACCUUCCUGCACUGAUUCGAGACAGUAGCCCCCGGCUCAUGCUUUCUCCACCUUUCUGCAGUUUUUAUUCUUAUAAGAGUUUCGAGAAUGCCGUGGCUCCCAAUGUGGCAUUAGCUCCUCCCACACAGCAGAAGAUUGUGAGCAGCCCCCCCUGCACCACCAUCGUGUCCCGGGCUCCUGAGCCCAUCACCACUUCCAUACAGCCCCGGAAAAGAAAGUUGCCUAUGGAGAAUCCUGGCAUGCCGGAGACCUUGGUCCCUGGCACUGCCCCAGAAGAUGAGAAGGAUUCCGAGGCAGAUGUGGAAGUGGAGAGCAGAGAGGAAUGUAAGUUCACUUCCUCCUUGUCCUCGCUCUCUUCUCCAUCCUUUACCUCAUCCAGCUCAGCCAAGGACAUGAGCUCCCCAGGAAUGCAGGCCCCCAGUGGCGGGGGGGGCAGCGGUGUCGGCGGAACGGUCAGCACUUCUUUUGAGGCCGUGGCUCACGCCGAGUCUCACGGCAACGGGCUUGAGGCUGAACUGGAGCAUCUGAGGCAGGCCCUGGAAAGUGGUCUGGACACCAAGGAAGCCAAAGAAAAAUUCCUUCAUGAAGUUGUGAAAAUGAGAGUGAAGCAGGAAGAAAAGCUCAACGCGGCCUUGCAGGCCAAGCGCAGCCUGCACCAGGAGCUGGAGUUCUUACGAGUGGCCAAGAAGGAGAAGCUUCGAGAGGCAACUGAGGCAAAGCGCAACCUGCGAAAAGAGAUUGAGCGUCUGCGGGCUGAGAAUGAGAAGAAGAUGAAAGAGGCCAAUGAGUCCCGCCUGCGGCUCAAGCGAGAGCUGGAGCAAGCCCGGCAGAUCCGAGUGUGUGACAAGGGCUGCGAGGCUGGCCGACUGCGGGCCAAGUACUCUGCGCAGAUUGAGGACCUGCAGGUGAAGCUUCAGCACGCUGAGGCCGACAGGGAACAGCUCCGGGCAGAUCUCCUGCGGGAGCGGGAAGCCCGGGAACACUUGGAGAAGGUGGUGAAGGAGCUUCAGGAGCAGCUGUGGCCUAAACCGAGCCCUCAGCAGGCCGGUGGCAGUGGACACAGGAACGAGCUAGACAGCGAGCUACCGCACGAGCCCCGAGCCUGACGUGGCUCCCACCGCCAGUGACGGGCCGCGUACGUGCCUGUGCGUGUCGUGCCUGUGCGUGUGCCCAAGCAUGUCCACGCCCAGGAGACAGACUUGGUGUGUGCCGGAGGGACAGCGAAGCACUGAAUUCCGCCUCUCCCCGCACGCCGCCCGCCUGCCCGUCCGUAUAGCACAACAUCUUCUGUGCCUCGAACACAACCAAGUGUUUCUGAACUGCCCUUUUGGACCCCACCACAGCGACAUUUUCUACUGGCCAGCGAGCCGAGGGUGCUCCCCCGUGACCCCGCUUGCUGGAACACUUUGAACGCAAACUUUUGUUAUAAGCUAUUUAAGACAAUGACAGUGACUUGAUAGUCCAAGAAAUGAACAAGUUUUUUAUAAGUAACUUUUCAAAACUCUCAAACACUUGGUGAUGCACAAUUUGGAUGCCUGGUUACGGCGCCAGGGACGAGGCCCCGGCCCGCCUGCCUGGCUUGGGGAGGCCCCGUGCUUGGACCCUCUCAUGUGGUUUGAUUGGGAGAUUUGAGUGAGUUUGUUUCUGUUUUUGUUUUUUUAAGUCUUUAUUUUUAAGUGAUAAGUACCCAGUUUUCCAGCCCCAAUGCUGGGAGAAGAAGAGAGUGUGUGGGAGAGAGAGAGAAUUGAAGGGAAAAGCUGCCCAGCCUUAUUGAAGACGUACGUCACUGCGUCACUGCUCCUAGUCGUCCCCAGUCUGCAAAGGGCCACAGCCGUUCAGAGACUCCCCCCAGCGCACCCCAGCGCCACUCUGAGGACAGUCACUUUGUUUUUGUUUUUGUUCUUGUUUUUUACUGGAUCACCUUCCUUUGUUACACCCUCCCUUCCUCAGAAAGGACAGUAUUUAUCUCCCCGUUGUUCAGGUUGUCCCUGCGCACGUCCUCCGAGUGUCCAGCGCUUCUGUCGCUGCUGUGAAUGAUCGGUGGCCAUGCCGUUCAGUGUAACCAAGGGGGCUGCUUUCAUUCUGGGAUCCACUGAGACCCCCCACCCCUGCACCAGAACAAAACGCAGCAUUAUCUCAUCGCUUUGUCUUGGGGCUGUUUUCUGUCUGUCUGUCUGUUUGAACUCAUCCUUAGACUGCACUUUGUUGAAAUCUCCCUGUGUCUUUUUCUUCCCGCUUAUCAAUCAGCUUGACUUAAAAGGUUUUCACUUUGAACAUCUAUUGUCCCGGUGUUCUCAAACAGACCCUACCCAGCACUCAAGUGCUUAGAAAAUUCCCUGUGGUGCUUGGCUGAACAAGGGACACGUAAGAAAACAGUAAUGAUGCAAAACCUGAAUCCUGGGGGGUCGCCGCGUGCCUUCCUGCGUCUUGUACGUUCAACACCGACUUGUGACUCCCCCCUCCGAGCCCCCAAAUACCUAUCAACAGUAUAGAGAAAUUAGAUUGAUCAGUAUCAAAAGAGUUUAGUGCUUGCUUAAGAGCAUUUAUUCCAGAUAAUCUCAUUUGCUUUCAACCGUUGGUGCAAAUUUAUAGAAGGUUUGUUAUGCCCAAGCUUGAAAGCGAUUUUCCACUAGACAGGAAGCGGCUUCCCAUCCUAAAAUUAUAGUAUUUAUUUACAUAAGAAAUAAGAUUUUAUAAGAAUUCUAUGCUUGAACCCAUUCUAACCACCAUGGUGACUGGGAGCAUUAAUAGGAGGUUAAUGCGUUAGGUGCAAAAAAAAAAAAUUAUCGACAUAGCUCGGGAAAGCAACAGCAACAAACAGCUAAACCCAUGGAAAUUAGGCAGAAAUGAGCAUUGGCAGGCUUCCCCCAUUCUCUGGUGUUGGGGUCCUGGUCCUGUCGACUUGGCCCCUUCUCACGUGCGUGCAAUGCAAAAGGAACAUUGUCGAUGCAGCGUUUUUUUUGGGGGGGGGAGGAUUGUUUGUUUUUUGGUUUUUUGCUUCUUUGUAUGUUUUUCUUUUACAGUUAUUAAAAAUUCAUAUGCAUGGAAUUUAAAAAUCUCUGCCAUAUGUAUAUUCAUUAAUGGGCAUUAUUACUGAUUUGUGUAAAGGGUUGAUUUUGUUAUGCAAUAUGCAGAAUACUGUUUCAGGCUUAGGUGUUUCCAGACUUGUAUUUUUCAGCUAUUUCUUCAAGGGAAACUAGGUGAUCGAAUUUUAGCAGCGCUUGGAGUUGUGUUAGCUAACAUUAUCUAUGUUGCUGUGCUAGGUUGCCAAGUCGAAAAAUUACACAGAGAACAAAAGGCUUUUCCAUGGGCCUGGGUUUGCUUGAAAGCCACCAUGCUCAGAGAGGGUGGCAGGGGGUUCUAGGCUGGGUUUCUGGUGUGUUCUAGACUCAGGUAUGAGUAGGUGGUCCUCCUUACCCUGCAGUGGAUAAAAAACCCUUUUCACUUCCAGGUGAAUGAGCCUUGGUUCAAGCAGGGGAACUAACCCUCACUCACCCUCUGGUGGACAUCUCCCCUUCCCCCAUAAUCUGCCAGAAAGUGCAUGUUCCCCCCACCCACCCCCUUUCAACUACUCUGAGCCUUGUUUCUUGAAAAAUCAGUGAGAUCUGAACACUUUGCAGUAAUUUGUCCCAAAGAGUAUGGGGUUAGAUCACACACACACACACACACACACACACACACACACACACACACACGCACGCACACACGCACACACGCACAUACACCCAUGAUCCUGACAGUAUUCAGUUACUUGGCAUCAGAUUUUUUUUUUAAGGCCAAAUUUUCCCCUUGAGAGCAUUCACACUAAUUCUGCUGGGGAUAGGCUGCCCACGAAAUGCCGCUGUGCUGAUUUCCUGAUGAUCAGUUCAUAUCAGAGCUAGGAAAUGUUGAUUUUUCUUCCCUCCCCCGCCCCAAGUUGGCAUAUGCAGCCCCAUGAAAAACCUUUUCAAAUUAAAGUCAUCGAUGAAUGGAACUCAGUCUUAUUUCACAGAUGAUACGGAAUGAUGUGAACAAACUAUGGGAACAAAUUCUCCUCACCAGCAGCUCAUUGUUAGGUUGUUUUUUGGUCAAUUAACGUUGCUUCAAUUUUUCUUUUUUUUUUUUUUACCCUCAGCGUGCACAACCCCAAAUUGGGUGUCUUGUGACUGGACCUUUCCCCCACCUUCGUUAUUUUGUUUGAUAAUAGUAGAAUCACUUGGAACUGACUCAUGUGUGUCUGGGCCCAAGCCCCUUGCCACACAAACAGAGAGGCUCUUUUCUGGGUUUUGUAGCUGCUCAAAGUCUGUUUCUAAUCCCAGGUCUUGUAGGAGCAGCUAACUCCUGCUACAGUGGCAGCCUUAGAGAAGGAGGAAGAGAAGGAGAGAGGAGGAGAAGGAGGAGGAGAAGGAGGAGGAGGAGGGGAAUUGGUUCCCUGGGUGAUUUCUGUGUAUGAAACAAUUUUAUACUGCAGCAAAACGAGGUCCCUUAGAGACAGAAGUGCUCAUAGUUUUCACCCCAUUAUCUCAGCUGCAGCUUAGUUUUCUUUAAGAAGAAGGGAGAAGAGGUGUCUUUGUAGGCUGUUGACUCUCCCUAUACUUAAAUAUAUUACCUAGAUAAUUGUAUAUUCAGUUUAAUUACUCAUUGUUUCUGUACUGAAAGAAGACUUAACGAAGGGAAAAAACCAACAGCAAUAACAUUCAUAUCUAUGGAGCAGCUAACUAGUACACAUAAUAUCUGCUUUUCAUACAGAACUAGCCAAUAUGUAAAAAAAAAAGCAAAAACAAAAAAAUUUCAACAUGUAAAUACUUUUUUUUUUCAUUUUCCACUGUUGUAUUAUAAGUGUGUAUGGUGGUUACUUUUUCAGAAACUCUUUCUUGGUAGUUGUCUUGUUUUCUGAGUUGUGUUUUUAACAAAGAAAAAAUUCUUUGCUUGUCUGUUGGGGGGGUUGGAAAACACUUUGGGCAAGUUUUCAGUGUAGGUUAACAUUUUCCAUCUUAUGUUUGGGGUCCUUAUUUUCAUGGUAAAAUAUUUUAUUAUUAAAGGUGAAAUUCUCUUCUCCCCCUCCCCCCCAAAAAAGUCCACAUGUUUUUGAGGGAGGUGUUUUUGUUUGUCAGAAGUCAUAAAUGACAUUUUUUUUUCAAUUGAGGAAAAAAAAUCUACAUUUAUAAUAGCCAAGAGCAUUUCAGCACAUUUCUGUUCUCCUGUUUUCUCCUAUGCUGCUGCUAAUGACAAUAUUAUGACUUACUCUACUAUUCGAGAACUAUUUUUAUGUAAUUAAUGUAUGCUUUCUUGUUUAUAAAUGCCUGAUUUUAAAAAAAGAAGAAAAAAAGACAGAAAAAAGCUUGGCAUAUUUAUCUAUCUCGCUGUGUACCUUGUUGGUCCUUUCCCCUUCCCCCCUGAAACAGAUAAUAUUGUAAAAUAGAGGCCUCUAUGAGAAUAUGUAUGAAAAUAGCUCUGCUUAUAUGCCAGUGACUGAAUGUACAGUGUAUAGACGCAUUCCCUAAAAUAAACAAAAGUGUUUGGUUCAA